ACGACAGUUCCCGCCACCACCACAAGUGAAAUGACCGUCACCAAGCGCACCGCCGCCGUCGCCACCGCGGGCCUCAUGGCGUUUGCGUUGGCCUUUAUGGUCUUCUCGUUCGAAGUUCACUUGGUGGCGCGGUCGUCAUCGCUGCCACUGCCCGUCGUCGCACUCGCCGCCGAGCCCGCGAUCGUACCCGACAUGCUUGUGGCCGCCGCCGAGCCCGACGUGCUUAUGGCCGCGCCGCAGCGACAGCUUUCGCCCGAGACGUACUCGCUCUCGCAGGCGCUGGACGAGCACACGCAUGUGCACCUUGUUUUCACAACGAGUUGCAACCAAGGCAAGCGUCACUUUCUCUCGUCGAGCUUGCAGGUCUCGCUCUCACGCGUGGGUCACCGCGGGCCAUUGACCGAGAUUGUUCACGGCUGCAGCGCCGACGAAAUGGUGCGGCUCUCGGCGCUACCGACGUUCUACUACGAUUUCCGCUACCACUUUGCACCCGACUUUGCACUUCAAGGCAAAGACCACUACGUCGCGUACAACAAGCCGUUUGGUCUGCGUCACUUUUUGCAGCACGGCGCGCGACAGGACAACUUGUCCAUUGCACUCAUCGACGCCGACUACGUCCUCUUCAAGCCCCUCCGCAUCAACUUGGGCGCCUCGUGGGGCCCGUAUUACCAAAACACGACGCUGCGCAACGCGUCCGACAUCACCGACACGGUCGCCGACGGUGUUGCGCUCGCUCAAAACAUGAAGGCUUUUCUCGGGGGUCGCUGGUUCAACGACCACAACGCGACGAUGAAGCAGCUCGUGUGCGGCAGCGGACCGUGCGCCAACGUCUCGUCCGCGGAUGCAUUCGAGUUUUACGAGCCCGCGGGCACGCCGUACAUCAUGACGCGCUCGGACUGGCAUCGGUUUGUCGACGACUAUGCAGCCUUCACCGUCAAAGGCCGGCAGUACCAAGACGACUGGAUGGUCGAGAUGUACGCCUAUGGCGCCGCGGCCGCCAACCAAGGCAUCAAACACACGCUGCUCAAGCACUUGGGACCCGCGACGUGCAGCUUUCACAAUACGGAGCACUGGGAUUUCCUCCCGCCGUCGACCCCCAACCCGUGCGCGGACCCGUUCGAUAUGGUGCUGCCCGAAGACCCGCCGAUCGGCAUCCAUUACGCCAUGUACUAUGGUGCCGGCGACGAUAUUCAUUCUGGCUACUGGUACACCAAGCAUCGGCUGCCGACGGACCUUACCGAGUGCGACAGCAUGCUGCUUGAAGUGCCGCCAGCCACCGAGUGGACCAAGCUAGCGACGUUGGGCUUGUCGGAGCGGGACCUACAGACCAAGCGCCACAACGUAUGGCUGCAGUGCACGAUGACCAAGUACGCCAACCAAGUGCUCACCGAGAUCAAGGCCAAGAUGUGCCCGCUCGGGUUCAACACCCACAUGGGCAUCAGCCUCGACGCGGCCAAGAUGAAGAAUUCCGCAUACCCGCAAAAGACCACGCCGUAGUCUCGCUCUAUCCUAUAGUAUAGAUAUAUGGAGAAAGCUUCGUUUGCUCCAACGUUGUGUAAUACAUGUAUACUACAAAUGUACUAACUUACUGGA